CGUGUGCCAUAUUACCGGCAAAGAAAACAGAUUCAGAUCGGAGGGUGGUGUGUUUAGACGUUUUGCAAGUAUACUCAAAGAUGAAUAAAGUGCUUGCAGUCGGUAUUCUGUGUUGUCUAGGAGCUACUGUUGUCAGUAUUAUAAGUACUUCAAUUCCGCCCUGGCUUUAUCUUGAAGAAACUAUUUAUGGCCAAACAAUUACUGUAUACGCCGGUUUAUGGAAGACUUGUGUCAAAUCAGAUUCUACUGCAAACCCAUAUGUAUGCGCAAAUUUAGAGAAUGUGCCAGAUUGGUGGAAGUCAGUUCAAGCUCUGAUGAUUCUGGGAAUUCUAUUCCUGGCUCUGAGUACUUUCCUUGGAUGUCUUUAUUGCAAAGAUGACUCCAAACAAAGCCUGUUACAUGGUGCUAUGUUCACAUCCGUACUUGGAGGCAUUGUGCUGAUCGUAGCUGUAAUUGUCUUUGGAGUGAAAGAAAACAAAUCCAGCUCACAAUUCCAAUUCCACGCUUGUUUCUACCUAGCCCUGGUGUCCGGAGCAGAUGCGAUCGUAGCAGCAGCACUUAUGGCAAUUUCGAAACGCCGCGGAGGAUAUAUUUCGAUAUAACAUUUGCAGCUCAAUAAAAAACUUGUAUCGCUUAUACUGUUUAUGAUUGUUACUGUUUGUAAUUUUGAACGAUUUACUUUCGAUAAGGUAGUUUUGCACGUACGGAUAUUUUUCUACAAUGUAGUAUUUGGACCUCACACAAGUUUUUAUAAUGGAAGUCAAUUUUGAUCACAUUUUCGCAAACAGAUUUUUUACGAUGUACGAGAGAUAGAAAUAAAUGAAUUGUCACAGUGGUAAA